AUGUACUCUGAAUAUUUGUUUUAUAUUGCCGCGGGGUUAGUAAGGGGUGUUACACAUGACGCACCAGACGAGUUUGUCUGGAACUCGGAUCCGGUAGCGGGAUUUUCGGUAAGAUCUUGUGCUGUUGUAUUGCGUAACACUACAGAGACGGAGGAGCUGGACAUAACGGUUAAGGAGGCGUUAGCUUUCAUGUGGAGCUUGAAUGAAGAUGAGAAUACUAGUCAUCUCUUCGAAACGUGCAUAAUAACAACAAGAAUUCGGGAAAAGGUUGAAAAUUGGGUUGGAGGAGACUUGAAUAUAACAGUGGAAGAUUUGAAGUUGUUCAUAUAUCACAAUCAUAAGAUUAAGGACUCAGAUGAAAAAUUAACAGUAGGGGUUAUUUGGAUGUGUCUUGGAAGUGGUUUAGGUCUGUUAACGUUUCCUCUGUUUGCUGUAGUUUUCAUAUUUGGAAUACUCUGCCUCUUAAAUGUAUCAAGAGAAACAAGAAAUCCAUUAGUUAAUCAAACUUUUAGAUCAGAGGAUGAAAUUCAAAAGUUGAAGGAAACCAUAGCUAUUCAACUUAAGCAACUCAACAAGCCAGCAGUUAAGACAAUUCAUAGUCCUGACGGCGAUAUCAUAGAUUGUGUUUUGACACAUCUACAACCAGCUUUUGAUCAUCCUUUAUUAAAAGGACAAAAACCAUUGGAUCCUCCAGAAAUUCCAAACGGGAAUAAUCAAAUGAAUAAUUUUAGUGGAGGUUUUCAACUGUGGAGUUUAUCAGGUGAAUCAUGUCCCGAUGGAACAAUUCCAAUAAGAAGAACAACAGAACAAGAUUUGAUAAGAGCUAGCUCUGAUAGUAGAUUUGGAAAAAAAUUUCCCACUGCUAGCGAUUAUCACCAACAUGCAAUUCAGUAUGUGCAAGAUGGAGUGUUCUAUGGAGGUCAAGCUAAUUUGAAUGUGUGGAAUCCACAGGGAGACUCUGACGAUCUAUUCAGCUUGGCUCAAAUGUGGGUAAUGUCUGGUACAUUUGGAAAAGACCUCAACACCAUUGAAACUGGUUGGCAGGUAGAUGUACCACUCUAUGGGGACCGUCGCACUAGAUUUUUCAUUUUUUGGACGGCUGAUGCAUAUCACCAAACUGGUUGCUUCAACUUAAAAUGCCCUGGCUUUGUUCAAACCAACAAAGAUAUUGCAUUAGGAGCUACAAUUGCUCACAUGUCUACAUAUAAUGGAAACCAAUAUAAAAUUUCCUUAUCCGUAUGGAAGGAUGUAAAGACAGGAAAUUGGUGGCUUAGUUAUGAAAAUAGAACCGUUGGAUAUUGGCCAUCCUCCAUAUUCACAAACCUAAAAGAUGUUGCAACUAUGGUUCAUUGGGGUGGAGAAAUAUUUAAUCAAAAUUAUCCACAAGCUUCUUCUGUCCAAAUGGGUAGUGGACACUUUCCUGAAGAGGGUUAUAAAAGAGCUGCACAUAUUAGCCAUAUUAAUGUUUUAAAUUCAAAUAGAGUUUGGGUUAAGCCAACAAAUCCACAGAAUUAUGCAGAUCACCCAAAUUGUUAUAAUGUAAAAGGAGGAAUUGACCGUAAUUGGGGGACUUACUUUUUUUAUGGUGGACCGGGUAAGAAUAAGAAUUGUCUCUAA